AUGGAGUCGGGCCAGGAAAUUAAAAUCAACCAUAAAGAAGGUUAUAAAUCUAUUGUCGAUACGUAUAUACUAACAAUCGUUCUGGGAGUAACGGGAGCCCAUCAUUUCUAUCUAGGAAGACCUUGGUUUUUAUUCGCUUAUUUCGUUUCCUUCGGACUCCUUGGUGUUGGAUGGUUUUUGGAUAUCUUGCGAGUGCCGUGGUUGGUGAAAGAAGCCAAUGAUAGAAUCAGCAAUCCUAGUCUGGAAAACCACAAGCAUCUCCGUGAUGCCUAUAUAUUAUGGUUUCCUUGUGGUAUAUUUGGGUUCCAUCUCUUCUAUCUCAGACGGCCAUUCCUAGGAGUGCUGUAUUUUUUCACUUUCGGAAUGUUCGGAUUCGGUUGGAUUAUGGAUGGAUUCCGGAUGCCGUCCAUGGUAAGAGAGGAGAACGAAAAACCCUUUGGAGAGACUGAACGCACGAAACACACUCCAGUGGCAUAUUGUUUUGCUCUAUCACCAGUGGGACUUUUUGGGGCUCAUUAUUACUACUUGAACCAGCCAUGGUGGGGCAUUCUGUACACAUUUACAACGGGCUUGUUUGGUUGGGGUUGGAUCGUAGAUUGGUUCCGUUGUUAUUUCUUAGUGGAAAGAGCCAGAUUAAUAAAAACGAAACAAAUACAUCCCAAUACUAAAUUCCUGGAUGACAUUGCACUUUUGUGGUUUCCGUUUGGAAUUUUUGGUUUACACCAUUUCUAUUUGGGUCGACAUGGCUGGGGUCUGUUAUAUUUCAGUACCCUUGGACUUCUAGGAAUUGGUUGGUUCGUGGAUCUCUUCCGACUGAAUUCCUUUAUUAAUGAUCACAACAUGAGGAUUAAUUCUUGUUUAAUAAACGGCAAAGGCAGUAGAAACUACACCGAUGCUGCUAAAGAGACUCCUGAAGAUCACCUAUACAACGAUUCGGGAAAUUAUCAACACAAUCAUAAUGGAAUAUUGCCACCUUCAUAUGAAGAAGCAACAAGGACAAAAUGA